AUGAUCUGGCAAGUCAAUCAAAAGGCGCUCCUGGGGCUUAUUCUGUUCACUACAAGCGCCCUGGCCGUGAAUUGCACCGCAGUCUCAGUCAAAUCCGAAAGUGACGCCGAAACCCUACGACAAAAUUGUCCAAUCAUCACAGGAAAUUUAACCAUCGGUCCAUUCCCCCAGAAUGUCAGUUCAGUACACAUCAAGCUCGAUGGUAUCGAGUUCAUCAACGGGAGUAUCAACCACGAGGCUGGCGACGGUGGCAAUACAUUCACAGUCUCCAGUUCGACCUUGCUAAAAGUUGGAGGGUCGGUGAUCUUCGGAGGAGAUGACGAUAAAGCCUGUAACGUGAACAAUUUUACCGCACCAAAUUUGAGCAUCGUCUCGGGCUCAUUCUGGAUAGGAACACGGUGUUCCGACUUGACAUAUUUGGACAUCACCAGUCUAGAGUAUGUCGAUUAUAUCCAUCUCGAGGGUAGAAGUCUCACCACCCUACGCCAUACGAAAUUAAGUAAUACCACUGGGUUGUGGAUCGGUGAUACUCUCAUAGACUCGGUCGACAGCCUAUUUAACAAUCCACUGAAUAUCACGGGUGAGGCUAUACUUGGAACACUACCAAAUGUGAGGUACGUGACAGUUGGUUUCCAAUCGGCGUAUUCACUGGAAGUAUUUUCGAAUACGACAGUGAUCCUGGGUGGCUCAUCAACCACAGAGAUGUCGCUGGAAUCUCUCCGGUUGUCAGGGUUGACAGGAUUGGAGCGCAGCCCGAAAUUGGAAUCACUCACAGCCGAAGUUGUGACAAUCAUGCCUACCGGGAACAUCUCACAGAUCUACCUCCCCUUUGAUGAUCUUAGAAUGCUGUCAGUUUCAGAAGCAGCGUAUUCAAACGUGGUGACGCUUCGUCUUCCAGCCAAGGCUGUGAACUGGACCGGCGGUUUCAUGCUCGAUGUCGUUCUUAGCCCAGGGCUCAACCUUUCUUCCAUGUAUGGGGUAGAUGAGCAGGGAAAUAAUAUCCAGACUUGGUACUGGCCAACCAAUGUCUCGUACAUUCGUAUCUCCGAGACUAUCGUUGCUAAUCCAUUCUUUGACACAUUUGUGGCCCAACAGAAUGGAUUGACUAAUGGCACAACUACCCCUUCAGUUCUGGGUGGAUUCAGCAUCACACCAUCGAAUAGAUCACAUUUCAAUUCGAGAGUGCUGGCCAUUAUUAUCAAGUACCAAGUCUAA